AUGAAAAACAUUGUUCUUAUUAUUUUGUAUAUACUUAUUUGUUAUGGAAAACUUAUUCAAGUUAAUUUAGAAAAAGGGAAUGAAACAUUAGAUAGUUAUAUUGCUUAUAUUGGAUAUAAUGAAAUAUCAGAACAAAGACAUAACUUACCAGUUUAUUGGAAUAGAAGAAACCCUACAGAACUUCAUUGGGACUCAACUCUUUCUACAAUUCAAAAUCGUACUGCAACAUUAAGAAUUAAAACAGUUCCAAAAAGACCACAAAUUGUUGAUAUGAGAGAAACUAUUUGGUUAUUACAUGAUCAAGAGUUAUAUCUUUAUAGUCUUGUUUCUGAAACACCAACAAUUUAUCUUAACUCUACUUAUAGUGGUCAAUUUGAUGAAUAUGCACCUUUAGUAUUUCAACACUUUGAAAAAGAUAAUAUUCAAACAGAUACAUUAAUUACUUGUCUAAAUGGUAAAUUAGUUGGUAUUAAAGUAGAAACAUUAACUCCUAAAAUUACUACUGAAUAUGAUUGUGGAGAAUAUAUUAGUGCUGGAAGUCAAAUGGUUGUUGUAAAAAAAGGUCAAAGUAUUAAAUUAUAUCAAUUUGAUGCUUCACAAGAUGAAUAUUAUAUUUGGGGAACAAUUAAUUAUUAUAAAGAUAUAUUAAUUAAUGGUAUUGAUACAUCAGAAACAUUUCAAUAUGACGCUGUAAGGAUAAAUAGAUAUAAUAUAUUAUAUUGUAUUUUAUCUGAUAAAAACAAAAUUGUUUCAUUUGAUCCAAAUUCUAAAUAUUCAAAAGAAGAAAUUCUUUCAAAUGUUCCAUUUUAUUCAGAUAAUGUUACUGAAUAUAUUCAACCAUUAAGUCAACAACCAUUUGAUAAUAUUGGAUCUUAUGGACAAAUAAUUGUUGUUGGAACACCAGGAUAUUCAAUAAAUAAUAAAAUACAUUGUGGAGGAGCAUAUGUAUUUUUUGAUAAUUAUUUUGAUUAUGGAUAUGAACCAAGAUUUGUUGAAGUAAUGAAAAUUUCUGGAAAUUAUGAAUAUCAAUAUUUUGGAUAUUCAGUUUGUUCAUCAAAAAAUUCAAUUUGGUUGGGUGGAUUAAAUAAUAUUCCAAUUAAUUUUAAUUAUCCAACAAUUAGUAUUUCAAUGAAAAAUUAUAAUAAAGAAUAUUGUUCAGAGUCUAAUUGUCAAUGUAGAUCAAAUAUGUCAUUUAUUAAUGGAAAAUGUAAUUCAGAAGAAACAAAGAAUAAUAAUAAUAAAAUAACAAUAAUAUUAAUAGUAAUAUUACUAGUAUUAAUAAUAUUUAUUAUUUUUAUUCUUAUUAUUGUUAUACUAGUUAUCGUUAUACCAAAAAGAAAAAAAUCAACAAAAUUUAGAAUAAAAAAUUUUAAUCAUGACUUUACUUCAUUUGAAAAUUUUCCAAUAUCAUUUAGUGAUACUCAUCUUGAUUUUGGCUUUUCUGAUAAACCAGCUCCAGUGAGAGAAGAAAUUAUUCAACAAAUAACUAUAGCUAAUAAAACAAAAAAGAAACAAUAUUUUGUUUUUAAUCCAAAUGAAAUUCAAUCAUAUAAAUACAACAUUAGUUUUGAACCAAAAUGUAUUAAAUUACAACCUGGAUUUGGUCAAUCAGUUAUUAUUAAAUUUGAACUUUUAUGUACAACUAAAGUUAAUGAUAUUAUUGAUGUUGUUUCAUGUGAAGGAGAUGAAAUAAUUAUUGGUAAAGAACUUCAUGCUGCUUUAACUAUUGAAUGUGAAAGUUGUAACAGUAUUCAAUUAGAUUAUCAAGAAUUUGAAAAAGAAAGAGUUAUUGGAGAAGGUUCAUUUGGAAUAGUUUAUGUUGGAAAAUAUAGAGGAACUCAAGUAGCAAUUAAAGAAACAAAAAACUUUUCUUGGCCUCAAGAUAUUAUUGAAGCAUUUCAAAAAGAAGUUUUGAUGAUGGAUAAAAUGAGAUGUCCUUAUAUUAUUAAUUUUGUAGGAGCUGUAGAUACUCUUGAUCAUUAUUCUAUAAUAACAGAAUAUGCACAAUUUGGUAGUUUAAAAGAUGUUUAUCAAAAGAAUGAAUUUAGUGAUUUAUUAGCAUAUAAAAUGUUAAAUGAUGUUGCUAAAGGAAUGACAUUCCUACACUCUAGUUCAAUAAUUCAUAGAGACUUAAAACCAGAUAAUAUUUUAGUAAUAUCAAUGAGUAAAGAUGAAACAGUUAAUGCAAAAUUAUCUGAUUUUGGAACAACAAGAAAUGUAUCAUCUUCUUCAGCAUCAGAUUCAAUGACUAAAGGAAUAGGAACUCCAUUGUAUAUGGCACCUGAAAUUUUAUUAAAUAAACCUUACUCAUUCCCUAUUGAUGUUUAUGCAUUUGCAAUAGUGUCUUAUGAAGUUUUUUUAAGAAAAAUACCAUAUGGAAAUGGUUGUUUUGUUCAUUCAUGGGAUGUUUCUGAUUUUGUAAGUCAAGGACAUAGACUUGAUUUUCCAAAAUCAUUCUCUCCUGGAAUUUGUGAAUUAAUUAAAAAAUGUUGGGCACAUGAUCCAAAACAACGACCAGUAUUUUCUGAAAUUGAUAGAAUUACAAGUAAAUUAUUUAAAGAAUCAUAUAAAUCAUAUGAAGAAGAAAAAGCACUUAGAAAAACUAAUUCAUCAAUACAAAUAAAACCACAAACUCAACAAUGUAAUGAAUCAACAUCUCAAUUAGGAGUUGAAAUAGAAAUGAAUAAUGAAUAA